AUGAACGCCCCUCUGCAUAAGAAACCUAUCAACCUCCUCCGAGGCUGGCCCUCCCCCUCCCUCCUCCCAGCAGCAGCCCUCUCCGCCGCCGCCGUCAAGACACUUGCCGACCCCGCCGUCUACGUGCCGGGACUCCAGUACGGUCCGGACCCGGGCUACCAGCCCCUCCGUGAGUCACUCGCCCGCUGGCUUUCGGCGUUCUACCCCGCUGUCGACCCCGCACCUCCGUCGGCCACCGGUACGGCCACCUCGGACCUGGGCAACGACGGUCGUCGCCAACAUCACCCGCCCGACGCCCGCCGCAUCUGCAUCACGGGAGGCGCGAGCCAGAAUCUCGCGUGCAUCCUGCAAUCCUUCAGCGAUCCACUGUACACGAAGAAUGUCUGGAUGGUUGCGCCGUGCUACUUCCUCGCGUGUCCCAUCUUUGCCGAUGCCGGAUUUGACGGGCGCCUCAAGUCGGUUCCCGAGGACGAUGACGGAAUUGAUAUCGAGCAUUUGAGAAAGGGGCUCGAAGCCGCAGGAAAAGGUGGCGAUGAACGCUUCAAACAAGCGAAGAAGAGAAAGCUCUACCGCCACAUCAUCUACCUCGUCCCAACCUGCUCCAACCCGACCGGCAAAACAAUGUCCCUCACCCGCCGCUACGAGCUCGUCGCCCUCGCCCGCCAGCACGACGCCCUCAUCAUCACCGACGACAUGCGCCUGCCCCGCCUCGUAGACAUUGACCGCGCCCUGGGUGUCCCAGACGCCUCCUUCGGCAAUGCAGUCUCCAACGGCUCCUUUAGCAAAAUUGUGGGGCCGGGCGUGCGGACAGGUUGGGCUGAGGGGAGCCCGGCCUUCGCGUACGGUCUGUCGCAGACCGGGUCGACGUGCAGUGGCGGCGCGCCGAGUCAGUUGUCUGCGAUGUUGGUCGCGGAGCUCCUCGAGAGCGGGGAGUUGCAGAGGCAGCUUGACGAGGAGACUCGGCCCGCGCUGGCGAGGCGGCAUCGGGCCAUGAUGAAGGCCAUUGCGGAGCACAUCCAGAAGCCGCUGGGCGACGGGGUUGUGGUUCGCGAGUCGGCGCUGAAGGGCGCCGGGGUGUAUGGUGGGUAUUUUGUGUGGUUUAGCCUGCCGGAGGGCAUGUCGAGUCGAGAGGCUGCGCUCCGGGCCAAGGAGACGGAGGACUUGGUCAUUGGCCACGGUGCUCAGUUUGAGGUCCAUGGGGACGAAGCAUCUGCGCGGUUUGACAGGGAGAUUCGAUUGUGUUUCUCGUGGGAGCCGGAGGGGGAUGUUGUCGAGGGCGUGAAGAGACUCGGUGCCGUGUUGAAGGCAAUGAAAGACGGCGUUCGAUGGAAGCCGACGAGCAGACUUGAUGUCGAUAACGUAAAAUAG